AUGUUGUAUCUAGUCGGGUUGGGAUUAUCCUACACAUCUGAUAUCACCGUCAGGGGCUUGGAGGUCGUCAAAAAAUGCAAGAGGGUGUACUUGGAAGCGUAUACGUCGAUAUUGAUGCAGGCGGACCAAAAGUCCUUGGAGGAUUUCUAUGGCCGGGAAGUGAUUUUGGCAGAUAGAGAGUUGGUGGAAGGAGGCUCGGACCAAAUUUUGGCUGGUGCAGAGCAGGAUGACAUUGCUUUCUUGGUUGUUGGUGAUCCUUAUGGUGCCACCACCCACACAGACUUGGUCAUCAGAGCCAGAGAGUUGGGAAUUAAGAUUGAGACCAUACACAAUGCUUCGGUAAUGAAUGCGGUAGGUGCUUGUGGAUUACAAUUGUACCAGUUUGGCCAGACGGUCUCUUUGGUGUUUUUCACAGACUCCUGGAAACCCGACUCGUUCUACGACAAGAUCUUGGAAAACAGGAAGAUUGGGUUGCAUACUUUGGUGUUAUUAGACAUUAAGGUGAAAGAACAGAGUAUCGAGAAUAUGGCUAGAGGAAGAUUGAUUUAUGAUCCUCCAAGAUACAUGAGUAUUGAGACGGCUGCAAGACAAUUGUUGGAGAUUGAGGAAUCAAGAAACCAACAAGCUUAUACUCCCAACACCCCAUGUGUGGGUGUGUCAAGAUUAGGAUCUCCCCAACAGAAGUUCAAAGCUGCCACUCUCAAAGAGUUGACAAAAUACGAGUCAGGUGAACCUUUACACUCGUUGAUUGUGUUGGGAAGACAGGUGCACGAUUUGGAGUUGGAGUUUUUGUAUGAUUUUGUCGAUGACAAGGAAAAGUUCAAGAAGUUUGUGGAGGAGGAUCAAGAGUACUUCAAACCUCCCCCUUAUGUGCCUCCUCCUGAUGACGAUGAUGAUAUGUAG